AUGUUAAGUCAGUCGGGGUUUGGCUGGAAUGAGGAGUUCAAAUGUGUCCAGGUCGAGAGGGAGAUUUUCGAUCUUUGGGUUCGAAGUCAUCCCAAUGCGAAAGGGAUGUGGAACAAGCCAUUCCUACAUUAUGAUGACCUCUCCACCGUAUUUGGAAAAGACAGAGCAGUAGGACAAUCAAGUGAGGACCCACAAGUGAUGGCGACGAAUGCAUUCAUAGAGUUUGAAGAUGAGAUUCGACUUGGAUCACAGGACUGUCACACACCUGAAGUUCGCCAGACAGAAUCACCAUUAAAUCAAGAUGAAAUAGAUGAAGGGCCAGCAGAGCAAUCUAUAAGUAGAGCGAGUGUACCUGCCGAGUCAUCUCGAGGCAGUAAGAAGAAGAGGCCAUGA